AUGGCCAUUGACGAAGUAAUAACAAGAUCAAAAUCAAUGAGCGAAUCAACAAGCAAUUUUAAUAUGCUACAAAAUGAUAAACGUAAUAAAGGUUCAAAUCUUCCUGCACGUAUGGGCUAUCUUAUUGCUCGUAGACAUCGUAUUGAACGUUGGGCAUAUGACGGACGAAGUACAUCCAUUAGUGCCAGAUCAUCAACAACAUCUGCGACAAUAGGAUCAAUAUCAGGACAGAAACGUUCCGAAAGCUCAUUUUCACAAAUCGAUCGUAAGUUUAAUUUAGAUUUAGUUCAAUUGAGUGAACAAAGGCAAAAAGUCAUCGAACGAAGAAACUUCGACCAAAAAAUAUUUGCUAAUAAACAAGCAAUAAAAUAUAAAGAAAAUCCAGCUAUACUUAAAACAUUAAGCUACGUUCGAAAAUGUUGUAAAUAUGAUGAUCAAAAGGGUGAGGUAGAAGAUAAUAUUGAUCCAAAAAUAUUUUUGGAAGAAAAUUCAUCGCCUAAAAGAAGUCGAUCAAGAUCACCAUCUCCAACUAAACGAAAUUUAUCCAUGAAGGCUAGUACACAAACAAGCGCAUCGCUUGCCGAAACGUUUCUUAAACAUAAUCAAAAAUAUAUUCGAUCAUAUGCAUCAUCGCCAAUAAGCAAAAAAUUAUUUGAAAGUAAAACUUCAUGUAAUACACCAACUACUACAAAUCGAAGUGAAACAAUACCAACUGAUGACGAUUUUCAAAAACGUCACGUUCAGUUUCGAAUAAAUACCGACGGUGAAUAUUUAAUUUGUCAAUCGGCUCAUGUUAACAGCAAGUCACGUUCAUACAAUGAAGGCAAGCCACCAAUACGAAAUGUAAUAUCAGCCGAUGGUAUUCAACCAUCGAAUACAUUCGUUGAUGCUCGUCCAUCUAAAUCAGCUCCACCAAUUAGAAUAACAUCAUCAGCUCUUGAUAGUACAAGUGAGCAAACCAAGCCAUCACCAAAACCUAGACGACCCGUAUCAAGAAUAAGUUCAGCAACAAGUUCUAUACAAGACUUUCGUCGUCAUCCCGAAAGAUAUCUAAGUUCAUCAAAUCGUUAUUUACCAUUACUUCUUCGACAAAUGACAGAUAUUGACUCGAAAGAGUCCCAUAAUAAACAACAAAAAGAACGAAUUGAUUCUAUAAGAAAAGGAAUGAAUUUUUCGCCACCUAUUUCGCGUCUUUCCGAUGGAUCUGAUUUAACUUAUGAUGAAGCAAAAUCAUUUCUUAGUGAAGAAAUUGAUAUUGCAAAAUUUACACCGCGUGCACCAUUACCGUUAUGGGCUCAACAAGAUCGUAAACUGAAUAAGAAAUUUCGUCCAUCAAGUAAAAUUGAUUUGUUGCAAACAGUUGUUGAGGAUACAACCGAACGUACAAUGGCUAUGGCACGUCUUCGUGAUCGUGAAUAUGCUCGUUUACACGAACUGAUAAAUACAAGUCCGAUUGGUCAAAUUCUUGAGCCAUUUUCUGCAAUAAAAACGGAUGAAAAUGUUCAAGUCGAUCUUGAACAACAAUCCGCGUCGAAUAUUCAACGACAACCGAUUCAAUCAACUGUCGAUAAACUAUCAAUGAAAUCAACUAAAAUACGUCAGCUUGGCGAUCUUGUACAGUCAAUUGAUUCAUUACAUUGUUCAGAUGGCAUCGAUGGACGUAAACGAAGACAAGUUGAUAUGGAUAAAAAUCGAGAAAAAUUAGGCAUUCUUAUAUUUUAA